AUGGUACAUCAUCAACAGCAAAAUAAAGGUAAACUACAACAACUACAGCAACAGUCGGGAAGUAAAAUGAAUGGGGAUAAUAGGGUGAGCCGUUCAUCAUCCACCGAUAGUAAUGGUUUCCCGGUAAAAGAUGCCGAUACGAUUAAGCUUUUUGUUGGACAAAUUCCACGUAAUUUGGAAGAAAAAGACUUACGGCAUUUGUUUGAAACUUUCGGUAAAAUCUAUGAGUUUACAAUUUUGAAAGACAAAUACACGGGUUUACACAAAGGUUGUGCAUUCCUAACGUAUUGCCAUCGCGAUAGUGCUAUCAGAUGUCAGGCUGCUCUACACGAUCAGAAGACACUUCCAGGAAUGAAUCGAGCAAUGCAAGUAAAACCGGCGGAUAAUGAGAGCCGUCCUGAUUCACCAAAAAAUGCUGAAGAGAGAAAACUUUUUGUUGGUAUGCUUUCUAAACAACACAAUGAAGAUGAUGUUCGCUCCUUAUUUGCUCCAUUCGGUGUCAUUGAUGAGGUGACUGUACUUCGUGGUGCCGAUGGUCUAUCAAAAGGAUGCGCAUUCGUCAAAUUUGCAACACAUUCACAAGCUGCAAUGGCAAUUAAUGCCCUUCAUGGUAGCCAAACGAUGCCAGGUGCCUCUUCAUCGUUGGUCGUAAAAUUCGCUGAUACAGAAAAGGAGCGACAAUUACGUCGAAUGCAGCAAAUGGCUGCGCAAAUGGGUUUAUUAAAUCCGGUGCUUAUUAAUCAAGCCGGCGUUUACAAUACGGCAUAUCAGCAGAAUUUCCAGCUGCUUCAACAGCAAGCAACCCUUGUGGCAGCGCAAACAGCGGCAGCUACUUAUUUCCCGGUCGCUAUGGCACCGCAAACAGCGCUAACAACAGCAGGAUUGGCAGGAACAACAAAUCCGGCAACAUUCUUGACACAGCAUCCCUUGCAGCCACUUUCAGCACUUCCGUUACAACAAGCUAACUCUGUUCAAACAAUUUCCGCAUUAUCACAACCUUAUGCACCUGUUGAUUAUGCUGCAGCUGCAAGCGUUACACAAUAUGCACCUUCAAGUAGUGCAGCAGCAGUAGCUAUUGACUCGACGGCAUACACACUGCCAGCUAAUGGAACGUUACCUACCGUAACGAUUCCUGCGGUUACGCUCUCUUCAGCUUACAAUCCUCUGGUGAAUCUUGAACAGCAAGCAAAUCCAUACAAUCAAGCCUUGCAACAAGCGAUUGCUCUUCAGCAAGCGGCCAUUCUUUUUCCAGGUGUGCAAAAAGAAGUUUUGGGUCCGGAAGGGUGCAAUUUAUUCAUCUACCAUUUACCGCAGGAAUUCGGUGACGCUGAACUGAUGCAAAUGUUUAUGCCUUUCGGGCAUGUGAUAAGCGCUAAAGUCUUCAUUGACCGAGCAACCAAUCAGAGUAAAUGCUUUGGUUUCGUCUCUUACGACAAUACCGCUUCAGCAAUGGCAGCAAUUCAGGCAAUGAAUGGCUUCCAAAUUGGCAUGAAACGACUAAAAGUGCAAUUGAAACGUCCUAGAGAUAAACCGUACUGA